GAAAAAAAACAUCAAGCCCCGUCUGUCUUGUUGAGCUUUGAUGCAGUUUCGACCUGGUGCAAUUUAAGAUUUUCCUAUUCCACCUUUCCCUUUUAUUUUUGGGUGACCAAAUGUGCAAUACGCCCCCCAGACCUUCGAAAGACAGCAAUACAUAACACAACGUCUAAGUCUGCCGGAAAUUCACACGAAGAAGGAAAAUAUCAACAAUUUGUAAAUCAGAAAUGUCAUGUUCAGCUUACAGCUGUAAGAAUAGAGGACAUGAUAGAUAUGAUAAAAAUAAUCAGUUGCGUGCUAAAAAAGUUAGGCUUCACAGAUUUCCACUGAGCGACGCCAAAAGACUAAAAAGUGGAUCCAUCAGACGAGACUGGAAGCCAACCAAAAGCUCCAGACUGUGUUCCGAGCAUUUCGAGGAGAAGUACCUGAUAACACCGUCAGCUGGGCGUGGUAUUCGUUUGCGUAAUGAUGCCAUUCCAACUAUAUUUUCCUUUCCUAGUCAGUUCCAAAAAAAGAAAACAGCUGGAACGAGGAAAAGAGUAACCUUGUUUCCUGAGGAUCGUGUUCCUGAGGAUGUGUCAUCAAUACAAGCUGAGCCAAAGUGCUCUGCAGAGUCAACACGGUUGAAGAAGACUCCCAGUUACUUAAACCACAGUAUAUGGCACCAAAGUCGUUUCCAUGACGACUACUGUAUACCACAGAGUAUUGACUGGGCUGUGAAAGAUAAACCAAAUGAAGUCCCACCUUCAGCUUUACAAAAGCAAGGGCUGAUCUUUAUCCCCAAGCUCGCAAUCAGGAUCAAGGAGAAAUGGGAAUGGCUGACAAUGGAAGUAGAAGGGCCAUUUCCAGAGACCCAAAUGGACACAAACUGUAAGAGGUAA